GAAACGAGCGCGCACACGGGGAGAGAGAGAGAGAGAGAGAGAGAGAGAGAGAGAAGGCCGAAACCGAAGUCAGAUUCAUCAGAAAUGGAGAAAAUCCUGGCAAGAGUGAUGACAAACAAGAAAUUGGGGGCUCCAACAACGACAACGACGACAAUGGCCAGUCCUGCUUUGCUCGAAGCCGUUUUCGAUUAUUCCCAAACGGCCCACAACAACGACUUAUCCUCCUGGGAAGUCGUCAACCCCUCCUCCUCCUCCGACAUUGAAACCUUCUCCUUCGACUCCGACUCCGACUCCGACGAAGAAGAUGAAAACACCUACGCGUUGGAUUCUACGUCAUCCGAACAAGACCUCAUCGAUCAUCAUCAAAGUAUCGAAUCUACCGAUGUAAGAGUCGUGUCGAUCGAUGAACCGAGCGGAUACGACGAUUACAACGAUUACGGUAACGGAAAUUACGAUUGCGACGUCAAUGAAGACGAGGAGGAUUAUGAUCACGACGAUGAUUAUGACGAUGAGUUGGUGCCGAGGAGUUUCAGCGACCGAUUCGGCAAGCAGAGGUUGAUGAAAUUGGGGAAAAGGGCUUGUAACCCUAAAAUGAGCAACCCUAAGAAACUGCCUUGCUAUUUCUACAAUCGACCCGGUGGGGUCCACGCUGCCAGGGAUGGUGUCGCUUGGAAGCGUAAGGUCGGAAGAAAGAACGAGGCGUGAUCGAAGGACGUCCGAGAGGGAGUAAUCGGGGGUAAUUCCGGUAAAUUAUCUGUGUGAAUAAACCUGAUCUGAUUUAUGUCUGUUUAGUUUAGGUUCUUGGUCUUUUCUAGUAUGUCGUACUCUCUCCGUUCCAAACUCUUUGUCCGGUCUGAAUUUGGAUUUGGUGUAUUGGGUUAUUGCAUAUAUGAACAUGUCUAUCUAUUAUGAAA